GUGGCAGCUGGAGCCAUCCUGCAAGAAGGUCUGCUGCCUGUCUGUCCCCAUGGGCCACGGUGGGCCAUGGCUGCACACUUCUCUCCUCUGGGUUGCCGUGGCCAGCCUGCUCCUCCCCCCUGCCAUGACCCAGCAGCUGAGAGGGGCUGGGCCUGGCCCUAGCAACUGGAACAACAAUGCAGGAGUCACAGGGCCCUCCGAGGACGCAUCAGGUGAGUUUGGCUACCCCAUCCACAGCCACAGAGGCCAUAGAGAUGAGAAUGAGGAUGUUUCCACAGAAAGUGGGCAUCAAUUCUGGAGCCACAGAGACCAUGGAGAAGAGGACGAAGAUGUCUCCAGGGAAUACAGUCACCAGCUCCAAGGCCACAGGUACCAAGGCCAUGAGGUCACAGACGAGAACAUCUCUGAUGAGGAGGUCUUCACAGAGCAUGCUUGGCAGGCCCAUGGGCACAGAGGCCAUGGGAAUGAAGACGUGGACGAUUCAGCUGAACAUGGGCCCCGCUUCCCCAGCCACAGGAGCCACAGCCAUCAAGAUGAGGAUGAGAACGAAGUUAUGUCCAGCGAGUAUCAACAUCAUAUGAUCAGGCGUGUACACCGAGGCCAUGGAGAAGAGGAUGAUGAUGACGAAGGUGAGGAGGAGGGUGUUUCUACUGAGUACGGACACCAGGCCCACAGGCACCAAGGCCACAAAGAAGAAGAUGAUGAUGUCUCCAAUGAGUAUGGACUCCAGGCCCACAGGCACCAAGACCACAGGAAGGACGAGGACGAAGAGGGCUCAGAUGAACAUCACCAUCCUGUCCCCAGCCAUGGAUACCGAGGCCACGAAGAAGAAGAAGAUGAUGAUGAUGGUGAUGAUGAUGAUGUCUCCACCAAGUACGGACACCAGGCCCACAGGCAUCAAGGCCACGGGAAGGAAGAGGAUGAUGUCUCAGGUGAACACCGCCACUAUGUCCCCAGCCACGGUCAUCAAGGCCACGGAGGCAAGGAAGAUGAGGAUGAGGAUGUGUCCACUGAACACUGGUACCAAGUUCCCAGACAUACCCACCACAGCCUGGGAGACGAGGAGGAGGAGAUCACAGUCAAGUUCAGCCACCAAGUUGCAAGCCACCAACCUCAAAGCCACAAGAGUACUGUGGAGGAGGACUUCCCAGAUGAGUAUAAAACAGAAGUCUUUGGCCAUCACCACCAUGGAAUCCCCAAGGAGGAAGAUGAGGACAUCUCUGUCAAGCUUAGCCACCAAGUUCUCAGUCAACAAGGCCAGAGAGAUGAAGGGACUGGCCACAGAGUGUCCGUCAAAGAGAUUAGCCACCAGCCUCCAGAACACACAGGGGUCAAGGAUAGAAGCUAUUUGAGGGAGAGAGAUUCUGAGGAAGAGGAAGAGAAGAAGGAAGACCACAGCUCCCAUGAGGAAGAUGAUGAAGGUUCAGAGCAGGGGGAAGAAGGCACCCACCAUGGCAGCCUGGACCAUGAGGAUGAGGAAGAUGAGGAGGAAGGUCAUGGCCUCAGCCUGAGCCAGGAGGAGGAGGAGGAGGAAGAAGAGGAGGAGGAGGAGGAAGAAGAGGAAGAGAGGAGGAAAGAGAGGCCUGAGGUUCAGGCCCCACUGAGCCAAGACCACCAAGAGGAAGAAGAGGAGGAGGGGCUGGAGGAAGAUGAGCUCCCCUUCACCAUCAUCCCCAGCCCAUUGGCCAGGAGGGAGGGAGCUGAAGGUGGCUCCAGUGAGGAGAGUGGUGAGGACACUGGUCCACAGGAUGCCCAAGAGUACGGGAACUACCAGCCAGGGUCGCUGUGUGGCUACUGCUCCUUCUGCAAUCGAUGCACUGAAUGUGAGAAUUGUCACUGUGAUGAGGAGAACAUGGGAGAGCACUGUGACCAGUGCCAGCACUGCCAGUUCUGCUACCUCUGUCCGCUGGUCUGCGAAACUGUCUGCACUCCAGGAAGCUACGUCGACUAUUUCUCCUCGUCCCUGUACCAGGCCCUGGCGGACAUGCUGGAAACUCCGGAACCCUGAUCCAGUCGCGCGGCUGCGGCAGAUAUACCUUCCCGGCCCUCCAACCCAUUUCCACAAACCAUAUUUAUUUAUCUGAAAAAAGGGCUCCCCGGAACCUCAUUGUCAACCGUGGAGUCUGGCUUCUCAGGGCACUGGGGAACGCGGGUGGGGACUGGGGACUUGGAUUCGUGGGUCUGAGGAAGGAGGAGCCUGGACUCCUGGGUCCUCGACGUGGUUGGUUUGCUUUCUUAAAGUCUUGACAAAUAAAUCAGUCAACAC